AUGGAGGUGAUCGACAUCAAACUAAAGGCAUAUCGCUUCGUAGCGUACAGUGCCAUAGCGUUUUCUACUGCCUCUGUAUUUUCUAUAUGCGCCACUCUUCCAAUGAUUUAUCACUUCGCAGAAAAUUCAAAAAUGCGACUGGAUAAAGAGGCAAUUUAUUGCACGGCCUCUCUACGCAAAAUCUCUCUUGCAGUUAGUCAGCUGGAUAAGGAAGAAGUCCGUAACAGAACUGCUCGUGCGGCUUCCCAUAAUCGUCGACAAGCAUAUGCUAUAGCUGGUUUGCUAAUUCUAUCUCUUGAAAAACAAGCUUCAGAUCAAUUAUCUUCCCAGGAGCUGGAGGUGGAUUCGAUGGAAUAA